UCUUUCUGUCUUUCGUUUCGCAGAGUAUCAACACUACGCUCCCGAUGACCCGCAGAUAAGACCAGUGCAGACAGGCAAACGUAGCAACCUGAAGAUCUUGGGAUGGCAACAAUAGAUGGGCGGCCAGCACAGUAUGGCAUCUCCCUCAAACAGCUCCGGGAACUCAUGGAGACCCGGGGCCGUGAGGGCAUUGCCAAAAUGCAAGAAUAUGGUGGAGUCCAGGAGGUAUGCAAGAAACUGUACACAUCUCCUAGUGAAGGUCUUAGUGGGUCCAAAGUUGACGUAGAACAUAGAAGAGACACCUUUGGCUCGAACACCAUACCUCCAAAGCCACCUAAGACGUUCCUACAACUUGUCUGGGAGGCUCUACAAGAUGUGACACUCAUUAUUUUAGAAGUUGCUGCUAUUAUAUCUUUGGCGUUAGCUUUUUAUCCCCAUGAUGAUUCAGCAGAAAAAGAUGAUAACAACAUGGAUGAAGGGCCACAGCUGGACGAGGACGAAGGGAAUCACGGAUGGAUUGAAGGCUUGGCCAUUCUCAUUUCGGUCAUAGUCGUCGUGAUUGUAACAGCAUUCAAUGAUUAUACGAAGGAACGGCAAUUCAGAGGGUUACAGAACAGAAUUGAAGGAGAGCAUAAAUUUUCUGUGAUUCGAGGAGGAGAGGUCAAGCAGAUAUCAGUUGGCGACAUUGUGGUCGGGGACAUAUGCCAAGUUAAAUACGGUGAUCUGUUACCAGCAGAUGGCAUUCUUAUUCAGAGUAAUGACCUGAAAGUAGAUGAAUCAUCUCUGACUGGUGAAUCAGAUCAUGUGAAGAAAGGAGAGCAUGUUGACCCAAUGCUUCUGUCAGGAACUCAUGUGAUGGAAGGAAGUGGUAAGAUGUUAGUAGCAGCUGUUGGGGUGAAUUCCCAAGCUGGUAUUAUCUUCACUCUUCUCGGAGCCGCUGUUGACCAGCAGGAAGCGGAGAUCAAGAAGCGGAAAAAAGAAGCUAAGAAACAGCGGAAGAAGAAGAGUUUGACAGGUGAAGAAGACGUAGCACCAGUAACUGGUAACAGUCACGUGAGUGUACCUGCUCCUAUUGCCGACAACACACCAAAUAAGCACGAUGAUGCCUUGGAAAACCACAAGCCUGCACCAGCAUCAGAGAGCCACAAGAAAGAGAAAUCUGUGCUCCAAGCUAAGCUGACCAAACUUGCCAUCCAAAUCGGUUAUGCAGGUUCCAUGAUUGCCAUGCUAACAGUAGUGAUAUUAGUUAUUCAAUUCUGUAUAAAAACAUACGUGUUUGAAGAGAGCGGCUGGAAGAGUAGUCAUGCAAGUGAGCUUGUCAAGUAUUUUAUCAUCGGUGUGACUGUGUUAGUUGUUGCGGUGCCAGAAGGGCUUCCAUUAGCUGUUACACUUUCUCUUGCGUACUCCGUAAAGAAAAUGAUGAAAGAUAACAAUCUUGUUCGUCAUCUUGAUGCGUGUGAAACUAUGGGAAAUGCUACUGCCAUCUGUUCUGACAAGACUGGAACGCUUACUACAAAUAGGAUGACAGUUGUUGAAUCAUACAUAUGUGAAAAGUUAAGUAAAACAAUUCCCAAGUUUUCGGAUAUUCCGCCGCAUGUUGCGAACACGCUAAUCCAAGCCAUCUCCAUCAAUUCAGCGUACACAUCUUGUAUUAUGCCAGGAGAUGGCGCUGGUGAAUUGCCAAAGCAAGUCGGUAAUAAAACUGAGUGUGCUUUGCUAGGGUUUGUGGAAGCACUUGGUAAACGUUACCAGACAAUUCGGGAUGACAUACCAGAGGAAGUGUUUACUCGGGUUUAUACAUUCAACUCUGUAAGAAAAUCUAUGAGCACUGUGGUACCACGGCAAGGGGGAGGUUACAGACUCUUUACCAAGGGAGCAUCAGAGAUUGUCCUCAAAAAAUGCGCCUUUAUUUAUGGCCGAGACGGUCACCUGGAAAAAUUUACGCGAGAAAUGCAAGAUCGAUUGGUCCGUCAAGUCAUCGAACCCAUGGCCUGUGAUGGGCUCCGUACCAUCUCAAUAGCUUAUCGGGAAUUUGUACCUGGUAAAGCAGAAAUUAACCAAGUGCACAUUGAUAGUGAACCCAAUUGGGACGAUGAGGAGAACACAGUCAACAAUCUGACCUGCGUCGGUUUGGUAGGGAUUGAAGACCCUGUGAGACCAGAGGUUCCUGAAGCUAUCAAAAAGUGCCAGAGGGCUGGAAUCACUGUGCGCAUGGUCACUGGAGAUAACAUAAACACAGCGCGGUCCAUUGCUACGAAAUGCGGAAUUUUGAAACCUGGAGACGAUUUCAUUAUUUUAGAAGGAAAGGAAUUCAACCGAAGAAUACGAGACAGCAAUGGCGAAGUUCAACAGCAUUUACUGGACAAGGUAUGGCCCAAACUGCGUGUGUUGGCUAGGUCCUCACCGACGGACAAAUAUACUUUGGUGAAGGGUAUUAUAGACAGUAAAGUUAGUGAGAGUCGAGAAGUGGUCGCUGUCACCGGAGAUGGGACAAAUGAUGGACCUGCCUUGAAGAAGGCAGAUGUUGGAUUUGCUAUGGGCAUUGCGGGCACAGAUGUGGCUAAGGAGGCUUCAGACAUCAUCCUGACGGACGACAAUUUUAGCAGUAUCGUGAAAGCUGUAAUGUGGGGUCGCAACGUCUAUGACAGCAUAGCCAAAUUCCUGCAGUUUCAGCUUACCGUUAAUGUCGUAGCUGUAAUCGUUGCCUUCAUUGGUGCAUGUGCUGUACAGGACAGUCCCCUCAAGGCCGUACAGAUGUUGUGGGUGAACUUGAUUAUGGACACAUUGGCCUCCCUGGCUCUUGCAACAGAAAUGCCCACAAGUGAUCUCCUGCUGAGGAAACCCUACGGACGGACAAAACCGCUCAUAUCGAGGACAAUGAUGAAAAAUAUACUGGGACAGGCAAUAUAUCAGCUUACUGUUAUCUUUGCCUUGCUCUUUGUAGGAGACAAAAUGCUGGACAUUCCUACUGGAAGAGGAGCUGAAUAUGGUGCCAAACCCAGUCAACAUUUCACCAUUAUAUUUAACACAUUUGUUAUGAUGACGUUGUUCAAUGAAAUCAAUGCCAGAAAAAUACAUGGCCAAAGGAAUGUAUUUGAAGGCAUUUUUACAAACCCCAUAUUUUAUACCAUUUGGGUUUGCACAUGUUUAGCGCAGGUCCUAAUUAUUCAGUGGGGUAGGAUGGCAUUCUCGACAGCAAGUUUAAGUUUGGAACAAUGGAUGUGGUGUUUGUUCUUUGGGAUUGGAACAUUAUUGUGGGGCCAAUUAGUGACGACAGUACCAACAAGGAAGAUUCCAAAAAUACUUUCAUGGGGUCGCGGGCACCCAGAGGAAUAUACAGAAGCCAUAACUUUGGGCGAAGAAAAGUAUGAUCCAGAUUCCCAGGACGGCAAGAAGCCUCGGGCAGGCCAGAUCUUAUGGAUCCGUGGCCUAACAAGACUUCAGACACAGGUGAUAGGUGGUGAGUUGCAAGAACGUUUGAUUCCGGUCCCCUACAGCAAGAGCUCCACUGACCAAGCUAUAUUAAGGGAAACAAUACGAGUAGUUAAUGCUUUCCGUCAGGGUCUAGAUACUCGGUACGGUGACAGCGCCGCCUUGGCCGAGGCUCUCCGAAAGCAGUCUUCUCUUGCUAAGCGAUUUUCCCAGACUUCUUCCAUUGAGUAUGCAGAUAAUGUCAUGGAUGAGUUAACGAUCCCCGAGAUCGAUGUGGAACGUUUAUCAUCUCAUAGUCACACCGAAACUGCAGUUUAAUUCUUCUGUCCUGUCGAGCUGAUGCCACACACACCUGUCCCCUGCCCUGGCAUCAGGCAUGCCAGAAAUUGUGGUGGUGAUUGUGGCAGUGUUGUUGGUAAUGGUGAUGAUUGUGAUGGUGAUGUUACAGCAGCCAAGAGGAAUGGAACAAACUAAAAAUCACGCCUUGCAUUCAUCACUGUUCUUAUAUACUUAUUAUUCAGUUAAAUGCACCACCUGUGAAGUUCAUUACAGCCUACUGAAAACAGACUACAAAAUGUAAGAACAGCUUUCUCCAAAAAAGGAACUCUAUGAUGUAAACAAAUUGAUAGUAGAUUUUUCCAAUUUUCCUCUUACAUUGUCUUAUCCCAACAAUGUCUUCAGUUUCUUUUAUUUUUAAAUCUAUCCAGGUUCAUGGCUGUUGUCAUCCCGACGUCUUUAUUCCUCCGCCCAUCUGGCGUCAUCCAUUACACCAUCUGGUCACCCACGUGGUGCAAGUUCAUGUGGUGUUGAACUUAACUGACAGUGUAAUUCAUUGAUUUUCCAAAAGACAAAUUAGAUAAGGUAGUUGCAAUGGGCGUGGUGUUAAGCUGGACAACGCAACAAGAGUUGAGGUCUAUAUGCAUGUAAUUAUUGUAAGAUAAUUUAGCUCGUAACUUCAAGAUGAAAAAUAUUAAGACAUUAUGCCAAGUGUCUUUUAAAAGGGGAGGCCAAAGCCUUGUUUGAAUGCGAUGUUGAACAGUGUGGAAAAUAUUUUUUUUUUUUUUGCCUCCCCUUGUUUAAAAGUCAGUGCCGGGAUUCGAAGCAGUAGUUGUAGAGUUCAUGUCAAAUCUUCUUUGGAAGCAAGUAAGGAGUAAACUGAAUGCUAAUGGCUCUGCACGGUGCAUGGAACCUGCCCAGGCCUCCUAACUCCUCUCAUCUUUGAAAUGAGAGGAUUUGUUAUUGACUUUUUCUUGGUGUAAUUCUUGUUCCUGCUAGCAACUAGGAUCAUCAUGUUGAAGUUGACACUGUUAAUAUUAUGUUUGUAACCACGGCAGUAGUGAAAAGGAAGAUGCUACCUCCCUUCCAGUCCAGAUCAAGAUGGCAGAGCUUCAGAUACAGAAACGCAUUGAGGGAGGAAGUGGAAUUGUGAGCAAUACCAAACGUCACACGGUGCCCGUGGUUACUGUUACUAUUUUCUGCUCUGAAGAAGAAAGUUUACCAAGUUGUUGAAUGUUCUUUACUAUCAAUAUUUAAAUCUGAAAAUACUCCUCUGAGCAAGCCAUUUUGUUAGACUGGGUUGUUGAGCAAUGUGUAGUUACAUAAUGUAGUGAAGUUGCUGCAAAGCUUGCAUUCAGUCCUGCCCGACAAGCAUGGAUGCCGAGCCGCACUGUCAGUUGUUUGUCAGGAAGUGAUGGCCCAGUGUCAGGGUCGUCAUUUCUCUUCUUUCAAGAAGAAACUCCCCCCUUCCCCUUUGUGCUCUAGUUCACUCUGUAAAUCUGUUGUGUGACUGCAAUUUUCUGUCUGUAUAAAGAGAAACAAAUUCUAGAUGUUGCAAAUAUGCAUUAGUUUAUAAGAACUUUCCAUGGGCUGUUAAGAGUAAAUUAAAGUAUCAACUCAUUGACUGAUAGAGGUUUGCAUCUGUAUGUAGGGAUAAAAUAAGAAACUAGUCUCACCAGAUGUACUGUAGAAUUCACUUAGGAUACAAGCCAUGCCACUGGUUUUGUCCUUUUCGCUCCCCAUAGACUUGCCAGUGUGACAACCACUACUACUUUUUAACAUGACAAUUGCUGAUGUAACGCAACUGUGACAGCAGUACCCAUGACCGCUAUCAUGAUGACUGUACUCUUGAAGCCCCUACAGUGACAAAGGUUAGCACCCCACUUCGCUCUGGUCACAUGCUCCGAGAGAUGUGAGAUGACGCUCAAGAUUUCUUGAGUUAUAGGACAAUGGUGACAUUGCCUGUUGUGUUUACAAGCUUACGUAGAGUCAAACCAACCAAAGGCAAGUCUUGGAUCAUAUAAACUUCUAAAAAAAUAAACGAAUCAAAGACCUUAAUAUUCUAGAUGAUGCCUGUUCUCUGUGUUAAUACCAAACUUAAAGAGAGUUGCGCAACUCAUAACCUUUAAUUUAGCUCUAGACAGGGAUUUGGCAGGCAACAUCCUUAAUUUUUUCUACUCCAGUCACAUGAGUAUUAUGUUUUCUUAAAGGUUUUAUUUCCAUCCAUUGUUAAUGGCUAUUAAUUAAUCAUUUUUACAAAAUAAAUUUUUAAUGUCUCAAUACCUUGUUGAAAAAAUGGUGUGCAUUCUUUAUUUGAAUGGUACCCUUGAAACCCGUUAGAUCUUAGGACUGCAUCAAUAUUUUUGAUCUCGGUUUGUUCUCUGGAAGAAGCUGUUGCAUCAGUUGUAGAUACAUGUGCUUGGUCUUUAUAAGAAGAAGAUUGUUUGCACUAGUGUCGAAAGUCACUAAUUAUUCAUUGUAUGCUGUUAAAAUUAUUUCUGUAAAACCUGCAGAUGUUGAGCAUAUUAUGUGCCUUAUGUCUAUGCUUUCUUUGUUGAAAUUGUAAUUUUGACUGAUUAAAAGUGAGCUUGAUCUAA